ACAACAGUCCAUAUAAAACCAAUGGAGCAUGUAUAACACAUCCACACAAUUCAGUAAAAUUGAGCAGUUGGAGACAGUAAAGACAGGUUUACUUUUCACACAAAGCUGAGGACAGUGGGAUACCUCCAGGGAGUCGCACCUUUAAGAUGGGUGUGGAGAAACUCAGGAUCUGCCUAUAAAGCACUGUGGCUUCUUACUUGCCAUCAUCUUACUUGUAUAUAGUCACACGAGUAAACCAACAGCACGAUGCUGACUCUCAUCCAGCUGAUAAUUUUGCUUUUUUGGACGAGCAUUAGCUCAGCUGAUGCAGAGAAACUUUUUCAUAAUCGGGAUCAUUCUGAUGUGCAGACCCUUAAUUCUCACCAAGCUGAAGUUAUAACAGACAAGCACACAGCAGAGUUAUUUCUCUCUAGAUAUGGAUUCAUAAAGCCAGUGAACUGGGAGGAGAUCCAGUUUGAAGAGUCUGACACCUCUUUUAAUGAUGACUUCCUGGAUGACCUUCAAGACACGAUCCAGGAAGGAACCUCAGUGCAACAUUCAAGGGAUGCUCCUCGGGAUGGUGAUCAAGAUGACCACAGCCAAGUGUUUAUUUCAGCACUUGAAGAGUUUCAGAGGGUAUCAGGCUUGCCUGUCACGGGUGUGUUUGAUGAGGCCACCAGGAUGGCAAUGAACAAACCGAGAUGUGGAGUCCCUGACAAGGAGAUUGACCUAAAAACCCCUGUAGCACCUGAGAACAGUAGUGCCUCAAAUACUGAAAACAGUUCCAGUGACACUUUUAAUGAGACUGACACUAAAAACACAGCAAGUAAUAUAAUCAGUGACACCUCUUCUGUUGGUACUUCUGACUCCUUUGAAGAUGACAUAUUCAAUUUUAAUGACACAGAAAGUGCUCUCACAGGCAUUUCCAAUGACACCAGCAGGAAUUACACAGAAGACUUUAACUUAUUUGAUCAUAUUUUAAAUAAGACUUCUCUAAACAGCUCACAUGAUAUCAACAUGGACAGUCAAAUGGUAAAUAGCAGCUUGAACAUACGUCAGAGCGAAGCAGUGCGACGCAGGAAACGUCACCUUGCCACUCUUGUGUCCAAAAACAGGCAUAAGAGAGAUUUGAGUGAAACAGGUUACAUGGCCUUUUCUAAGAGGGUGUUGAAAUGGAGGCUGAUAGGAGAAGGCUAUAGCAGUCAGUUGUCUAUUGAAGACCAGAGGUACAUCUUCAGACUUGCCUUCAGGAUGUGGAGUGAGGUGUCUCCGUUGGAGUUUGUGGAGGACAUACAUUCCCCACUGGAGGAUGUUGAUAUCAGGCUGGGCUUUGGCACAGGAAGGCAUCUGGGUUGCAAUCAGAGAUUUGAUGGCACUGGUCAAGAAUUUGCUCACGCCUGGUUUCUGGGUGAUAUACACUUUGAUGACGACGAACAUUUCACUGGUCCCAAUGCUGGCAGUGGGAUCAGCCUCCUCAAAGUCGCAGUUCAUGAGAUUGGUCAUGUUUUGGGUCUCCCCCACAUCUACAGACCUGGCUCUAUAAUGCAGCCCAGCUAUCUGCCCCAAGAGUCAGGCUUUGAGAUGGACUGGAUGGACAGGAAGGCCAUACAGCACCUCUAUGGGGGCUGUAAAGGUCGAUUCAACACAGUAUUUGAUUGGAUCAGAAAGGAGAAGACGCCCUAUGGGGAGAUGGUCAUCCGCUUUAACACCUAUUUCAUGAGAGACGGCUGGUACUGGCUGUAUGAGAACAAAAAUAACCGAACACGCUAUGGAGAUCCAGUUGCGCUGCAGAUUGGCUGGCGUGGAAUUCCCAUGGACGGAGUGGAUGCGUGUGUGCAUGUGUGGUCCAGAAAAAGAGAUGCUGUUUACUUCUUUAAAGGUACUCAGUUCUGGAGGUAUGACAAUGAGAAUGACCAGGUGUUCAGACAGGAUCCUGAAGGUCACCGCUAUCCGAGGUUAAUCUCUGAGGGUUUCCCAGGGGUGUUCAGUCCCAUUGACACAGCCUUUUAUGACAGGAGGGACUCCCACAUCUACUUCUUCAAAAACAAUCUUGUGUAUGCAUUCGACGUGGAAGCCAACAGCUUGGCAAGCGGCUUCCCCAAAAACAUCAGAGAUGUUUUCCCAGCAGUGGAGAGCGGAGACCAUCCAGAUGGCAACAUCGACGCUGCCUACUUUUCCUAUACCCACAAUGCAAUCUUUCUACUCAAGGGCAUGCGCUUCUGGCAGGUGGUGGGCAGCCGCAAUCGUUGGCGCCGGCCCUUUCUGCCACGAAAUGGCCUGCUGCCACACAAGGAGGUUGAUCAGCACUGGUUUGACAUCUGCAACGUUCAUCCCACUGCUCUCAAACUAACCCGCUGAGGUUGCUGAAGCAGAUUCAUUAAACCCUGCUGAUGUGCACUGAUAUGGUCUACUGAUUCAACUGUUUUUGUAUGUAUAUAUGUUGUCAAAUGUGUUAGGCACCCAGUAUCUACUUUUUUGUAAUGUUUAACAACUGAAUAUUUCUGCUGGCUUGUUUUCAAUGAGGUGUGUUAUUAAUAUAUCAGCUGCUUUGUCUGUCUCUCACUUAGAGAUGCCAAAUGCAUAUUGGCAUGAAAACAAUCCUACAGGACCUCUUAUGAUUAAGAUAUUUAGAACAUUACUGAGAAUAAACUUUUUUAUAGAAUGUUUAUCCAUUCUUUACACAGACACCUUGUUUUGUUUGCUGAGCUGCACUCUGUAAAGCUUGAUGUGCUUGAAGUGCACUGUGGAGAAAUUGCUUUCAAAUGGCACACUACAAAGAAAAGUGGAUGUUUACGCAAAAACGUAUGAAUUGUCAAAGCUCACAGUGGAGUGACUUCUCAUGUCAGAUACACUGGAUCUACAUCAAGAAACAUGCAUACAAGUAUCUGUACUACUAUGCAUGUAUAAAAAUGGACAUUAAUUCUGAAGACAGAGUGGUUUCUGGGUAAACCUAUAGAUUAAAAGAAUGUUUUCUUUUGGAUAAUGUUAUAGAAAAAGAAAUGUUAUAUAAUGAUGUAAAAAUGUAUAUCAUCAGAAAUAUUGCAUACAAUGGAUUAACAAUAGGGAUUCAUUCAGAUUCCUCAGAUUGUUUCUUAUUUGUGCAACAUGUUGCUAGGAGGUAUACAAAAUUAUUACUAGAUCCACUCGUUGCCCCGUGGUGAUGAUGGUACACUUGGUCUGACUGCCUCUUGUUGUCUUGCUAACAGGAAAUAAUAUCAUGUGACCCGGAAACCAUGAUACUCCCCUUCACAAAAAUCCCUUCAAUGCCUGUGAUUCAUCUCUUGCAGUACAACAAGCUUUUGAGCUGAUUUGGAAUAAAACAAUAUCAGCUUUAUCAAUAAAAACCUAGAGGUGGUG